AUGACCAAGAAACACGUAUCGUUUGCAACCACCAAAACUGUGGCGGAGUUUCACAUCGCACACAACCCCACCACCGUGCCCCACGUCGGCCCCUCCGUCGGUCUCGAGGGUCCCCCCAUCUGCAUUUCCAGCGUUCCCAUUCUCGACCACGACGAAGUGGUUGCAACACACGGCAAGAAGCGACGCGCUCUGUGCAUGGAGCCCGUUCGUUGCGUGGUGAUGCUACGACGACAAGUUACAGCAUGGAGGACAUCGGUCGCAUUUGCAUCCAAGCAGACUACGUCAAACAAUAGAGACAUUUAG